GGGGCGGCGGCGGCGCGCGGGCGCCAGAGGCCGGGAGGCAGCGGGGCCGGAGGGAGCCUCGCAGGCGCCGGCGGAGCGGCCCCGGCCGGGCCGGGCACGUUUCAUCAUGACAACAGAGAAGAGCUUAGUGGCUGAGCCCGAACAUCCUAAGGAACAGCAGCCAAAGGAGGAAGACGUAGCUGCUGAAACUCAUAAGCAAGAGUUUUCUUUGGAGGAAGAGGCUCCCCAACAGGCAUCUGAGGGACAUAAUCAGCCUGGGCAGAAGCAGAAGGCCUCCAACGGUGAUACCCCCACACACGAGGACCAGAGCAAGAAAGAGCGCCGCACUUCUGAGGGUCGGGGCCUGUCACGCCUAUUUUCAUCGUUUCUCAAAAGACCCAAAUCUCAAGUCUCUGAAGACGACAAAGAAGCUGAAACUCCAAAGGAACCAGGGGAAGGAGACCAGAAAGAGAGAGACUUAGGAGCCAGCCCUGAUGAAGAGAUUCUGUUGAAGGCUCCAAUAGCUGCACCAGAGCCUGAACUGAAGACUGAUCCAUCUUUAGAUCUUCAUUCACUCAGCAGUGCAGAGACACAGCCUGCUCAGGAGGACAGAAAAGAAGAUCAGGACCCAGACAUCAGAGACUUUGAGAUUAAGGAAGACGGUGGUGUGCAGGAAGAGUGUUCCAGGGCAGAGGUGAAAAGAGAGAACCCGGAGACAAAGGCAGACAAAGACUUAAAGGCCACCCCGAGAACAGUGAAAAAACACAGAAACAUGCACUGCAAAGUUACCUUGCUGGAUGACACCAUUUUUGAGUGUACUAUGGAUAAACAUGCCAAGGGACAGGAUCUGCUAAGAAAAGUAUGUGAACAUCUCAAUCUUUUGGAAGAAGACUACUUUGGACUCGCCAUAUGGGAUUCUCCAACUGCCAAGACAUGGCUGGAUCCUGCCAAGGAGAUAAAAAAACAGGUUCAUGGAGGUCCCUGGGACUUUACGUUCAAUGUGAAGUUUUAUCCACCAGACCCAGCACAACUGACAGAAGAUAUAACAAGGUAUUAUUUGUGUCUUCAGCUUAGACAAGACAUUGUGACAGGGCGGUUGCCUUGUUCCUUUGCAACGUUGGCCCUGCUGGGUUCUUAUACAGUCCAGUCUGAGCUGGGGGAUUAUGAUCCAGAGCUACAUAAUGCAGAUUAUGCCAGUGAGUUUAAACUGGCCCAAAACCAGACAAAAGAACUUGAAGACAAAGUUAUGGAACUACAUAAAACAUACAGAUCCAUGACUCCAGCACAAGCAGACCUGGAAUUUCUUGAGAAUGCAAAAAAGUUGUCAAUGUAUGGAGUUGAUCUUCACCAAGCCAAGGAUUUGGAGGGUGUAGACAUCAUUCUAGGAGUCUGUUCCAGUGGCCUUCUUGUCUACAAAGAUAAACUGAGAAUCAACCGCUUCCCUUGGCCCAAAGUUCUGAAGAUUUCCUACAAACGCAGCAGCUUUUUUAUUAAGAUUCGGCCAGGGGAGCAGGAACAAUAUGAAAGUACUAUUGGGUUUAAACUGCCUAGUUACCGGGCAGCUAAGAAGCUGUGGAAAGUCUGUGUUGAGCAUCACACAUUUUUCAGGCUAACUUCUACUGAAGCCAUUCCCAAAAGCAGGUUUCUGGCGCUGGGAUCUAAAUUCCGUUACAGUGGACGAACACAGGCCCAGACAAGACAGGCUAGCGCCUUGAUUGAUAGACCCGCACCACAGUUUGAACGAACAGCAAGCAAGCGGGCAUCCAGAAGCCUUGAUGGAGCUAAACGUACGACCCAAAAAAUUGAAUUCAGACCUGUAGAGGAGGAGAAGCAGGAGGAGGUGGUGAUGGUUGAGGUUCCAGAAUCAAAACCUGUGGAACAAUUCCAAGAAAAGCCAGCAGUAGCGGUGAUUACACCUGACCGAAGCCCACGACCCACUUCUGCACCAGCCAUUGCUCAGAGUCAUGUAGCUGAACCAACCCCACCAGCUGCAUCUGCCUUCAAGGAAAUGGAGGUUGUUUCUAAAAAAGAGAAGGAAGCUGCAAAAACUGAAGUCAAACAUGAAGAAAUGCCAUCUGACAAGGCCAAGAUGGAGCCAGCUGAAGUGACCAAGGUGGGGAAAGCGCACAUCGAGGUCACAGUACCUACCACAAAUGGUGACCAACUCCAGCAGCCUGCAGAAAAAGAGGAAGAACUGAUAAGAAUGAGGAAGAAAAGAUCAAAGAAACUAGAUGGUGAAAACAUUUAUAUCAGGCAUAGCAAUUUAAUGUUGGAGGAUCUAGAUAAACCUCAAGAAGACAUAAAGAAACACCAUGCCAGCAUCAGUGAGUUAAAGAAGAACUUUAUGGAGUCCGUCCCAGAGCCCCGGCCUAGUGAAUGGGAUAAGCGCCUGUCUACUCACUCCCCUUUCAGAGCACUUAACAUCAAUGGGCAGAUCCCCACAGGAGUAGAAGGAAGUGUCAGUGACUUUCCUUCCCAAGAGGAUGUGGAUGAAAUGACAGAGAGGAAAAGUACUAACCCUGACUUUGAAUGGGAGGGCCCAGAGUGUUCAGUAGCCUUUAGUGGGAACCAAAUACCAACUCCAGCAGAGACUUCACAAAGUCGUGACUUUGGCACUUCCUCUGUAAGCAGCGAGGAGGAGGGAGCUCCUGGCCUCCUUGAGAGCAAGGAGGAGCUAAGAUGUGAAAAGGGGGUGUAUGCAGGUGCAGAAAAGCAGGCUGAUGACUUAGAGCAAUCUGAGGUGGAGACCCCUGUAAUCCCUGCUUCGCCUCCGCUGCAGCCCUUUGAGAGAGAGGAGGUGGCAGAGGAUGUUGAAGAAAAUGUUACGAGAGAGCCACUUAGAAAGCUAAACGGAGAGUGUCAGCACUCGUGUGUUAAUAAUGAGUUUCCUGCAGUCAUUCGCUGUUUUCAGCCACCCCUAGUGAAGACUCAAACAGUCACCAUCUCUGAUGUGUCCAAUGCUGUGAAAAGUGAAAUUCCAACAAAAGAAGUUCCCAUUGUUCACACAGAGACCAAGACUAUCACCUAUGAGGCUGCUCAGACAGAUGAUGGCAAUGGGGAUUUGGACCCUGGAGUCCUGCUGACUGCUCAGACCAUUACCUCUGAGACCCCCAGCAGCACAACCACCACUCAAAUCACAAAGACUGUGAAAGGUGGAAUUUCAGAGACACGAAUUGAAAAAAGAAUCGUCAUCACAGGAGAUGCAGACAUUGACCAUGACCAGGUUCUAGUGCAGGCUAUCAAAGAAGCCAAAGAACAGCAUCCAGACAUGUCUGUGACCAAAGUGGUCGUUCACCAGGAAACUGAGAUUGCUGAAGAAUAGCCAGGUCAGGAAGUUUCUCCCUGACUGAAAGAACGUGAGAAAGACGAAAACCAGCAAAACAACAAGGAAACUACCUGGAGCACAAAGACCUCGGAUUUACAAUCUUUACUCUCAGAAACUGAACCUUCAUAUUGCUUAUUAUUAGGAGUUGUGCUUUGACAUUUACUUGGAAUUUUCCAGAGUACAAUGGAUCCUUUUGAAUAUAGUUUUUUAUAUUGUGACAGACAGUAUGCCAUACUUCUCACUGUACUGAAUGUUUUUUUUUUUUUACAGGUUUUCAAUUUUGCAUUCCCCCUCUCUCAGCCUCUUCCAGAUCCAUUUUUACAGCAGAGGUCCCAGCAAAACCCAUGGGGCUCUCAAAGGAUUGGCAUUUAAGUCCUUUUUUUGUCCAGCCUCAUCAGGUAAAAUGAAGGUAGUCACACCCAGGCGAGGCGUGGAAUUUUUAUGUAAUCAAAGAUGGAAAGAAACCUGGCAAUGAGUUCUUCUGCCAGAAGAGUCAGUUAAAUAAGGCAGUGGCAUUUCUGACUGCCUCCUACAGUUGGCCAUAGGUAUUUCCAGAGACUCCAACCCACAAUGCCCAGGUGCACAGAACAGAGUUUCUGCCUUACUCUGAAAUUUCUAGCUUUUGUGGGUUUCAGACCCUUAACGUUGUUUGAACAUGGUAGGGUUUUUGUGAUGUACAUUACACCACACACAUUUUAAUAGCUGUCUAGAUUAAGGAAUACUGGAAGUUCCUUCGAGUGUCUCUUAUACUGUGAAUUUUAGAGCUUUUCAAGAGAACUGUGACAGGACACCUCCCCCUUCUGCUCCUCCGAGGACUGCAUCUGCUGAAUGCUACCUACCGAUUUUGUUUUUGCUCUUUAGAUGCCAUUAAAUCAAUAAGCCUAUAGAAGUGUGUGCUUAUGGGGUGUGGGCUCUGAAUGCUAUGAAAUAGGCUAUACAGCUUUCACAGUGAUAGGUUUCUGAGCAUCAUCCAUUCCCCCCCCCCCCUUUUUGUUUGUGUGUUAAGUUUGUAAAUCAUGUUUUUUCCAGUACUAUUUAAAGUUAAGCACAUUACCCCUGUGCCUGGGCAGGGGGGUGCACACUAUUUUAACUUAAUUUAAAGUCCCUUAGACAGUCUUACCUUAGAUGUGUAAGCUGUGUUUGGACAGGCUAUCAUCAUGGAUGUAGAUUGUUCUCGUUGGUUGCUAAAGUCAAACUGUUUGCAAAGCAACUGUAGAAAUGUUCAAAGCACUGACCACCCUCCCGACUCUCUAAAUGAUGUGUCUGUAAUACUUUAGCUCCUUUACUGCCAUACUGGAAUGAAAUACCAGGGCCAGAGUAGCCUGCACUUUUCAGUGUCUGGUUCAAGAAGACACACCUGCUUUCUGAAAGGCACUAAAGUUAUAGCAUGUUUCCAGGAUUCAAUUAUUCACCAGCCUGUGGCCUACUUACCUUUUUUUAAAAAUUAUAAUUACAUACAGUGUAUUAUGGGGAGGCAGGUAUGACUGGCAUUUUCUAUUCACGUGAAUGGAAAUUAUAAAUUUGUGAACUGGCCACUUUGUGGUCCUGGCUUUAAAGAUAAGGGAAUAAUACUUUUUACCUAGGGUAGGGUGCACUUGAUUUCAUGGCAGUUGGGGGUGAUUUUUCACUGCUACUGUAUUUAAUAGAAAUGUCUUAAUCACGCCCUGGUUUUUCCUUCCAGCAGUGUUUUUAAAGUGUUUGUUGGGUGUUUUUUUGUAAAGAAUAUCCCCAUAGAAUUGCAAGCAAUAUGUAUUUUUUUUUUAAAGAUAGGGUGUUGAGGUUGUACUUCUGUAUCUGGUGUGGCACAUCAGUGGUCAUGAGGGCACUGCAGAGCCCGUGGCUGCUAAAGCUUCAUUCCAAGAUGAGGAGAAAACGGCAAUAAAAGCUUUCUGCUAUUUAAAGUUUGAACAAUGUGUUUUAAAAAAGGAUAUUGAGUUGAGCUCAGGCUGAGCUAUUACCACUUGGCUGGAAAUAGUCUUUAAAAUCACACUGUCCCCACACUCCAUGCUUCUUAAUUCAGGUGCAGUUUUAAUUAAGCUGCCAAUAUUGACUGGAGACCCCUUCUCUGUUAGAAGAAUUAUGGAGCUGCUGAAGUCCUCCACUGCUUGAUAAGCCCAGCCUUUGGCUGCCCUCACAGGGCUCAGCAUCCAAGUUCCUACACAAGCCGCUCCUUUGUUUGAGCUAUGCUGCCUGUCCCUUCCUGCUGGCAGGUGCUACCACAUGGAACAGCUACAAGGCAAGCUGUACUUUCUUGGUCCCUCCUGAGUGUGCUUCUGAGGUGCUAGCUCUGGCUUUCUGCCCUUGCUCUGGGUGGCAGCAGUGCAGUUGAUAAACAGGCUGCAACCCUCCUGUUUAACAACUGUGUUAACCUAACAGACCCCACUGAGCGUGGUUCUUGGAAGCCUGUGCCAGAACACAUUUGCAGUGACAUGGACACAGCGGCAUAUUCAGUGCUGAACAUGAAUUCAUUCACCCAGAGGUACACAGCACAUGGAGCAAAGGGCUUAAAGGUCUUUAUGUGAAUCCUGCUUAAGUGUAAGCCCUCUUCAUAGCUCAGGCGGGUACAGCUUAUUCCAGCCCCUUUUGAAGUCUGAGGGCUAGCUGGUGUUGUCACAGACCCUCUGUGUCAGUCUCACUCUGCAGCCUCCCCCUGUUUCCUGCAGGAGAGAUCCUUUUAACUGCCUGUCUUCUGAUCUCUACUCAGCCUGGCCAAGCUACUGCAAAACUUUACUGGCACUAGUCAGGGAGCCUUUUUACAGCUACUAACUUGGCUUUUGGAGAGUGUCUGCAGAGAUGCUCCUUGCCUUUUUUGCUUGUUCCCUUUCAGCAUCCCCUUCUGCUGUCACCCCCAUACACAGGAGUGUGCAGCAGUCAUUGAAGAGCUCCUUGUGACAGGUUCCCUCAUAGGGUUUAGAGCUACCAAAUGUUUAUCUUCCCAUAACACUUAGGCAUUUGGUAGUUGAAAGGGUUUAGAUACGCCACUUUCUCUAAUGAAGGAAGCACUAAACGUUGUCUCCACUGCAACCUAAUGCUUUUACACUAGGUGUGGUGUGAAUUAACAGCAUAAAAACGAUCAGGGUAGGCAAAAUUCUUGAUCUUUCCCAGGUGGAGGAACUUGCUAGUGAGAGAAUUGUUCCUUUCCAAAAGGAUCAGUGAAAGUGUUUCUUGCAUAUAGCCUGCUUUUACUGUGGCUGUAGAGUUGCUUCUCAGAGGGGACUGAAAAAGCAGAGUAGCUUUUUUGCUGGAUUCUGGGUAGCCACUAGCUGUGCUGCUCAUUCAUGCAGUUCCCUUUGGAUGUGAGCAUUUGUUUCUUCUAGUCACCCUUUCUCCAGCACACAGCUGCACAGGGGCGCAAGUCAGUCCAAAGUAAAGUGGCUUCUGAAAGUAUAGGAUAGCACUGACCUUCCAAGAGCCUGUUAUGUAACCCAGAGAGGGAUUCCUACCUAACUCCACUGAGUCUCAUAGACAAGACUUUACAUGUCAAAUGUUCUCCUAAGCCAGAAGUUGAACCAAGACAUUGAUUGUUCCUUAAACUGCUCAGGCUGGAACAGUUUAGCUUUUCAGAGAAACAGGGAAGCCUAGAGCUUUCAGUAACACUCAAUACUCCUCUGAGUCGCUGACUGCUAACACUGGAAAUAAUCUCUUCCACCUUAGCCAGAAACAGCUGCAGGGUUGCCUGUAUCCUCUCCUGCUAUUCAUUUUCCCCCUGACAUAAGUUGGUCAGCAUUUACUUUAAAUCUGACUUGUGGUGAAUUGUGCAUUUUCAGGGGACCAGAACUGCUGGUAUCAAUAUGAGUAAACAAGGUCUAUUAGUAAUAUGAAUGUUCCCAGCUAUUCCCAAUUCACAAAAUCAGCGUGAGACUGUCUUGAAUGUAUAGUGUGUAUUAUUUGGAAGCUAUUUAUAUAUAUGAAUUAACAUUUUCAUAGAAAAGGUGGCAAGGAGCAUCAUGACCUGUGUCAAUAAAUUAAACUGGACUAGGCAGUUUUGUUUGCCAGACCACAGUCACCCAGCAGUAGUUAUAUUGAGACCUGAUGGACUUCUGGUUUUAAUAAACUGGUUUGCUGACUUCAUACAAUGUACAUUUACCUUAAAAGAUGUUAGUGUCCCAACCUUGGGUUUGUUUUUUGGGUAUUUUUUUUUUUACAAGUUUAAUCUCUCUAGUUGCAAAUAUGAAGGAGCUUUGUAAAAUUUUUAAGACAAUGGUGAAUUGUCUAGAAUAGCUGUUUACAUUUUUUUCUUUACAAAAAUAGGAAAUAUUGCAACAGAAUAAAAUUGGCAAAUCUUUAUAGUUUGAAUAGUAAAUCACAGGAGCUGUUAUUUUGGACUUUUAUAGUAAAUCAAAGAAAAAAUUGCUGUAGUGUUUAGACAGACCUAAGUGUUCAAUAUUGCUUCUUGUAUUGCAUUUUUCAAUAAACUUUCAAACAAA